CAACGUCGCGCGGCCGCUCGUGCGCCGGACGCCGCCGCCGCCGCGUGUUUCACUUUUCCGUGAACGUACCGCAUACAGGGGGGCAGGCUUCUACUCGCUCGCUCGCGAUGCACGGCCGGGGGAAAGCGGACUAUAAAAUCGGUGGCAUCUUGGGGGGAAGUAUCCAGUAAAGUCUGGACUACGACCAGAUAUCGGAGCGCCUCUAAGACAUGAGAAUUUUGAUUCCAAUUUUAUUCCUGGGCCUGUUGGCCGCAGGGCACUGCGAGAAGGAGAGCACGAAAACCGCGGAGGCUACGGAGUCUAACGUCGAGAAGAAACAAGAGAAACGCGGUCUCAGCGGGUUGGAAGGUGGCUACGAAGGCGGCGAUUACGGCGGAGGAGAAGAAUACGGGUCAUCCGAUGGUGGCGGAGGGUACGGCGGCGGUGGAUACGGAGGCGGAGGCGGCGGUGGCUACGGUGGUGGAGGCGGCGGUGGCUACGGUGGUGGAGGCGGCGGUGGGUACGAAGAGGGCAGCAAAGUUAAAGAGAUCACUAUCGUGAAGAGCGUGAAGGUUCCGUACCCGGUUGAGAAGAAGGUCCACUACCCAGUGGAGAAAGAAGUGCCCUAUCCAGUCAAGGUUGCGGUGCCGCAGCCGUACCCGGUGGAAAAGAAGAUACCCGUACCCGUGAAGGUGCUGGUCAAAGUACCCGUGCACAUACCACAGCCUUAUCCGGUAGAGAAGAAGAUCCCGUAUCCAGUACAAGUUCCAGUGGAGAGACCAGUACCCUACAAAGUCUACGUGCCACAGCCGUACCCGGUGGAGAAGAACGUCCCCUACCCAGUGAAGGUACCCGUGCCACAGCCGUACCCGAUCGAGAAGCCGGUACCUUACGCAGUGAAGGUCGUGGAGCACGUACCCCAGCCUUUCCCGGUGGAGAAGCCGGUCCCUUACCCGGUGAAUGUUCCCAUCGAGAGACCGUACCCGGUCCACGUACCAAAGCCAUACCCGGUUCCAGUGGAGAAGCCGGUACCUGUGCCGGUAGAGAAACCGGUGCCCUAUCCAGUGAAGGUCCACGUGGAGAGACCGGUCGGAGUACCAGUAGAGAAGCCAGUACCCGUUGAAGUCAAGGUACCGGUACCUGCCCCGUAUCCGGUGGAGAAGCACGUACCCGUUCCAGUCGAUCAACCAGUGCCCUACGCGGUCAAGGUACCAGUGGAACGACCGGUACCCGUGACGGUAGCUAAACAUGUGCCCGUACCGGUAGCCAAACCCGUGCCCUACCCGGUCAAAGUACCCGUACCCGUUUCGGUGCACGGAGGUGGCGGAUCUGGCGGGUUCGGCGGCGGCGGCGGCGAUGGAGUGUUAUUAAGCUUGUCUUUCCUGUCGCGCGGAGAAGUUGAUUAA